GUGUUACUCAUUCUCUCGCAGUUCACUCGAACAGCAACAGCAUGCCUGAAUCAGCUAAGAUCGCGCCCAAGAAGGGAUCCAAGAAAGCCGUGACCAAGACGGCAGUGAGUUUAUCUACACAUCCGUAAUGGAGCAGCAUCUCUUCAUACUCCUGUUUUUCACAGUUCCUCCCAUCCUGUCUGUUCUUCGUCAGUACUAUCUGAUCCAGCAGGGGAAAACCUGGAGUGAUGCUCAGGCUUACUGCAGAGCCACAUACACUGACCUGGCUAUCAUCGACAGUAAUGACAAUAUGGUCCGACUUCAGAAUGGAGCACAGAGACAACAAUUCAGUUCCAGUGCUUGGAUUGGACUCUACAAUCCCAUCAACAGCUGGCAUAGGAACUAUGAGAGAGUAGGAACUAUGAGAUGGAAAUUGGGUGCACCUGACAACAGUGGUGGACAUCAGGAGUGUGGUGCGAUUAAACCUGUGGGUUGGGUGGAUGUGGUCUGUACUCGGUCAAACCCCUCUGUCUGUUUUGAUGACAGUUAUACUGGAAAUCAGAGGUACAUUUACAUUUCUACUACUAUGACAUGGCUUGAAGCUCAGGCUUACUGUAGACAGCAUCACACAGACUUGGCCAGCUCGAGAGAUGCAACUGAAUACUCAGUUAUAAAGGGACUGACCUCAGGCAGCACUUGGUUUGGGCUGUUCAGAGACUCCUGGAAGUGGACAGACCAAACCAAUAUCUCUACCAUCAGCUGGAUGACUGGAAAAGCUGAUAAUGCUUUGGGGAAUGAAAACUGUGGUUAUAUAAAUAACGGUCAGGCUGCUGAUGCUCUGUGUUCAGACAUAAUGCCUUUCUUCUGUUACUCAGAUAUCACAGGAAAACAACAAACACUAAGAGUGAAGGUCCGAUCCAAAGAGGAUGUGAAUGAUCCUGCAGUGAUGAUGGCCAUCUUGGAUGGCCAUCUUGGUAGGUCUAAUCCUCCACAUUUCCCAGCAUUCAUCAAACUCUGACAAAUACAGUGGUGUGAAAAAGUGUUGGCCCCCUUCCUGAUUUUUAAUUUUUUGCACGUUUGUCACACUUUAAUGUUUCACAUCAAAAAAAUUUAAAUAUUAGUCAAAGAUAACACAAGUAAAAACAACAUGCAGUUUUUAAAUGAAGGUUUUUAUUAUUAAGGGAAAACAAAAUCCAAACAUACAUGGCCCUGUGUGAAAAAGUGCUUUUUCAUUCAGGAACAAGUGAGAAAGAUCUUACUUACUUUCUAUCAGUCUGGAAAAGGUUAUAAAACCAUUUCUAAAGCUUUGGGACUCCAGGGAACCACAAUGAGAGCCAUUUCCCACAUCUCAUCCAAGAUGUCACAAAAGACCCCACAACAACAUCCAAAGAUGUACAGGCUUCACUUUACUCAGUAAAGGUCAGUGUUCAUGACUCCACCAUAAGAAAGAGACUGGGCAGAAAUGGCCUGCAUGGCAAAGUUCCAAGACAAAAACCGCUGCUGAGCAAAAAUGGUCAACACUUUUUCACACCACUGUAUAAACUAUAAUGUAAUUAGAUUCUGACUGUUGUAUUCAGUUUCUGUAUCAUUUCCUACAGGUGAGUCUCUACUAGGGUUGCAAAGGGGCGGAAAGUUUCCGGUAAAUUUCCAGUAAAUUUACAGAAACUUUCCACGGGAACUUAAUCUGGGGAAUUUUGGGAAUAUUCCAAAUUGGAAACUUUACGGGAAGUUAUGGAAAUUUACGGGAAUUUAUGGGAAUUAUUUGGAAAUAGAAGGAAAUGUAUAUAAACUAUAUCAUAUACAUUUUAUGAUGCAGGACAAAGGCGAGCGAGGAUCCAAAUGCAGUCUAUAGUUUAAUUAUCAAAAACACAAGAAACAGGCAGACAGAACAAAGCAGACCACAGAGCUAACAGGGAAUGGGAACAUAGAAACAAACUUCCAACAUGUAACAACGACCAACACCAGGGAAGUGGACAAACAGAGUAUAUAUAGCUGACAGGAACCAAUGACAAAGCAGAGACAAUCAGAGACAAGACAACACACCUGAGGGGAUGAAUGAAUGCAAUCAGUGUCCGUGGGAACAAAUGAGUGGGCGGAGCAAACCAUUAACAACAGGGAAAGACAGCAGACAGAAACAGGGCAGAAACACAGACUCAUUACAAUACAAACAUAAAUAAACAUUUUGAUUGGUCAUAAGCAGACAUACAUGCAAGGUAAUACAAAUUUUAAAAAUGACAUCUUGACUGAUUCAAUUGUAAGUAGAACUUUAAUUGAUUAUUUCAUUAAGUAACACAAAAGCAUAAUAAACAUUAUUAUGCUUAUAAUAAACAUAAUAAACUUAAUAAUUGUAAUAAACAUAUUUCCCUAUGAUUGCUGUAAAAUGAAAGCAUCCCCAACCCUUGCACUUCUAAAAAUCAAAAUGUCCCAAUCAAAAUGUAAAAUGAAGCAUUUUUUCUCAAGCUUAUUAGGUCUCUGCUUCUGUGGUUGUCAAUGCCUGGAAAAUGGAGGUGAAUCCCCCCUUAAGUGAUACA